GGCAUUGCAACGACGAAGCGAUCGUCCUGCAGCAGCAGCAGCUUGAGCUAGCGAAGGUAGAGAAGCCAUGGACAGGGUCGCCGGGCGUACCUUCGAGGAGUACGACGCCGCCGUCGAGUGGAGCCGCGGCGCCGAGGCCGACGCCGUCAGGAUCUCCCUCCCAGGGUUCAAGAGGGAGGAGAUACGGGUGCUGGUGGACAACCACGGCCACCUCCGAACGCGCGGCGAGCGGCCGGUCGCCGGCACCAGGUGGAGCCGCUUCCAGAAGGACUUCCAGCUCCCCGCCGACUGCAAUGUCGACGGCAUCCGCGCCAAGUUCGAGAACGAGACGCUCACCAUCACGCUCCCCAAGAAGAUCGCCUCGCCGACGCAGCCGUUGACGCCGUCGCCGUCGCCACCGCUCCCGCCGCCGCCGCAACCUGAGCCCAGGAGGCCUCCGGCGGCGCCCCUUCCUGGGGUGGCCAAGCCGCCGUCGCCUCCUUCCCAGAGGCCCCCCACAGGCGCAGAGCGCAGGUCGUCGCUGCCUCGGAGGCCGUCCAUUUCUGAGCCGGCCUUGCCGGCACCGGCGCCGCCUCCCGUGCCAGCUCCAGCGCCGGAACGGGUGAGCCGGAAGAGGUCCGACCUGGGCACCCUCAUGAAGCCGAAGGAGGAGGACGUGGUGGAAGAGACCACAAAGCUUCUGCCGCCGCCGGCGGCGGCAGCGGCAGCGGAGGAGGAGGAGGAGCGGAUGCAAAGGGAGGCGAGAGGAAAGAUGAACGAAGACAGGAAGAUGCAGGAGGAGAAAGCCAAGGACGCGGUGGCGGGGGUGCCGGACAUGGCGCAGCUGAGCAGGCCGGCCUCGGCGAGCCGCCGGCAGCUGGUGAACGUGGCUGUGGCGGUGGUGGUGCUCCUCGGCAUCACCCUCUACGUGUGGAACGCCUUGAGGAACGCCGCGAUCGGCGGUGCCGCCGGUGACCACCACGGCCACGGCCACGGUCACGCGAGCUACAGCGACGAGAUGUGAAAAAUGGCGCGAAAAAGUGUUUGGAGCGGCCAAGUUUAAUACGCGCUUCUUCUGUGAAGGGCAAGUAUAUAUACGAUGUGUGGAUUGUUAAUUAAUCACGUGGUGUUACAGCUUGAAAAAGACAUGUUCUUUGCUUUGGUGGAUCAAUUUGAUGAAAUAAUAAGAUGAUGAAGAAU